AAAUAAUGUACCAACAGUAGCAGUUCCGAAGGCGGUGAGGGUGGAGGGAAGUUCAAAUAGAAUUCCAGAUUAUAAUAAAUGUAAAAUACAGUCAAUAGAUGAAAGCAUGUUAAAUAUCUCGACACACAUUAGCGGAGUACAAUGUAAAGCUCUUUUACAUGUCAUUUAUGGAAAGACAACGUUUUGCCAGCUCUUCUUAAACGUAUGAAACGUUUGCAACAUGACUAUGCUGCAACGUCCAUUCGCUGGCUUCGGCGACCCAGACAGCCAGCCUGCCCCUCUUCCGGGUCCCACCGCGGCGUGCCACGGUACUCCACUGAGGAAAUGCCCGGAGCUGGACCUCUCCAUCACUUCCACCCCGGAGCGACCGCCUGCGGACUCCGGGAUCCUGCGCAGGAGCAAAGGUCCCAAGCAGAAAGCCAGACAGGUGCGUUUUGACGUUCGCCCCAAGCCUAAGGCCACGAGUCCACACAGAGCAUGCCCUGUGAAUGAGCUCCCUGUUGUCACGGUGAUCCAAGAGCCAAGCUGCACCCGUCCUGCAGCCAGCCAACCAGCAGUCAGUGAGAGAAAAGGGAAGAAGAAGGAAAAACGGGCGGGACAAGACAGAUGCAUCACUCCUCCAUUGGCUGAGACAGGUGAUGGACAACUCCUAGAGGGUGCACAGCUGAACUCCACUCUGCACCUGAAGGCGGCGCUGGAGAAGGUGACACUGGAGGAGUUUGACCCACAGAAGGCCAUGAAGGAGAAACUGCAAACGUCGACACACACCAAAAACCAGAUCAGUGCUAAAGCAGCAGAGGGGGUUAAUUUCCGGUAUACACAGCAGCUGUACCACGGCCUAGUCAGCGUUAGUCUGUCGCAUGAGCAGCUGGUAAGCCAGGCCCUCCGUCACAGACCACCUCUGGCUCUGCCUGUUCGUAGCCACGGCAACAAGGCACAAUCAGAGGCUCCUGAUCUGCUUGCGUUCUACAGCCCGGGAGAGUUGCUACGAGAAUCUCCACUGUUGCCAGGCAACCAAGUGCCUUUGCCACGCCCCCGACCUAAGCCCCGCCCUGCACAUGCAACCUUUGACCUUUACCAGCGACAAAGACAGUGGGAGGCUUGACCUUACUUCCUUGUGGAAGCAUUGCUUCCUACAUAUACAAUGUGUGUUUGUUUGUGCUCUGUGUGUGUAUGUAUGCUUGUCUGUGUUGUUUUUAAAUGUUAUUUAAUUAAUAAAAAAUUAUAAGAACAAAA